AUGGGCAUGGUGACCAAACCCUCGCAUCCGCUGACCACGGUGCCGCCACGCCCGCCGCCGGCGCUGAUCGACGACGUCACCACCGAGAUCCUCAUCCGCCUCCCACCGGACGAGCCGGAGCACCUCUUCUGCGCCGCCCUCAUCUGCAAGCCGUGGUUCCGCGUCCUCUACGACCCCGCCUUCCUCCACCGCUACCGCGCCACGGCGCCCCUCCCCUCCUCGGCCUCCUCUCCACAGGCUCCAAGUCCUCGACGGGGACCCCGCACCCCGCUUCGCCUCCACCACGUCGAUGCUCGCCUUCCCCCACCCGGGCUCCGACGGCCGCCGCACGCGCCCCCUCGACUGCCGCCACGGCCGCGUGCUCAUCCACACAUGCUGGAAGACCGGGCCGUGGAUCUCCUCGUCUGGGACCCCGUCACCGGUGACCGCCACGGCUUGCGCGAGCCGCACAUCGAUUGGAUGGCCUACAGCGCCGCGGUGUUCUGCGCCGCCGAUGGCUGCGACCACCUCGACUGCCAUGGCGGCCCAUUCCGCGUUGUCCUCGUGGGCACCGACGACGCGGUGUACAAGAUAUGGGCGAGCGUGUACUCAUCUGAGACGGGGGCAUGGAGCUCGCCGACUUCUGUUCGUAAUGGCGGUGCCGUCUACGUCCAGCCUAGGCGUGGCACCAUCGUAGGAAAUGAAAUCUACUUCACGCUUUCGCGGAGCACUGCGAUUGUCAAGUAUGAUUGGGACAAGAAUUGCUGUGAUUGA